CUAGAAAUGAAAAUCCGUAAUUUUCGUUCAAUAUCAUUUUGAUCCGAAUAUUCUAGUGAUAUGCUUUGAUUCCUACCAUAAAUCCAUCACAGCAGACAUCAAUAUUCUUAAUUAAUCGCAAAACUGUAUUUCCGGAAGCUGCUCCAGAAACUAAGUCCUUGUAAACAAGCUCUGGGAACUGUCAAUCUACGUCAUCAUGCACUGGUCUAUAGCAUGGAAAGAAACGGGAGAAACAGGAGAAACAGCGAUAUUCCCGUCAAAAAUGACAAGAUUCCACCAAAUGGAAAUUAAUGGCGAGCAAAUAAAAACGUUCACUUUUGGCAACAAAAAUAAGCCGAGUACCUCGGAAGGGAGCGAAUCUUUGCAGAUUUUAAUUCCGGAGUUGCUGUUGCCCGGUUAUUCCUUCUAUACCUGGCCGUCGGCUCAAGUAUUAGCCUGGUUUCUCUGGGAGCGACGGCUCUCACUGACAAAUAAACGGUUCCUUGAACUGGGAGCUGGAACCUCGCUUCCUGGUAUACUUGCAGCUAAGUGCGGUGCUCAUGUAACGCUAAGUGACUGCAGUACCCUUCCGAAGACCCUGCAACAUAUUCAACGGUGCUGUCGGUUGAACAGUCUUACGCCUGGAAGGGAUAUCGAAGUUGUUGGAUUAACGUGGGGACUAUUUCUUGAUCAGAUUUUUCAGCUAGGACCAAUUGAUUUCAUAAUCGGGUCUGAUAUAUUCUACGACCCUUCGGUGUUUGAGGACAUUCUUGUAACUGUGUCAUUUUUGCUAGAAGCAAAUCCUCAGGCAAAGUUUUUUUUUACAUAUCAGGAAAGAAGUUCAGACUGGUGUAUCGAAACAUUGAUAAAGAAGUGGGGUCUACAGUGUAACAUUAUUAGUUUGGAAAAUUUAGGUUCAGAGUCGGGAAUCGAUUCACAAGAGUUGAUGGGCACUCAUACUAUCCAUCUGCUCGAAGCAACAAAAAGGUCGUGAUAUAUAAAUUUAAAUAUCCUUUUAAUCAGAAAGUAUUGUAAAAAAACUUGUAGCCAUGUCUUCCUCUGGUGCAAGCGCGAUCGCUCGCGGGGUGCAAAAACUUUUUAUUGGUAAUUUGCCGUGGACAAUUAGCACAAAAGAGCU